UCAAACGCGAGUUUAUAGUAAUUUUGCUCGUUUUCGUAAAUAUUUUAAUUUUUUAGAAGGAACGGUGUUUUUUCAAGGUACAAUGUCCACCACGGUGGACAUCGACCCAACCUUCAAGCAUGCACUUAAGUUGCUUCAUUCGGGGAACACAGAUUCAGCGGAAAAAAUCCGCAACCUUCUCGAUGAACUGAUCAAGCAGCGCUUCGGUAGUAGCAAAACUCUUGUCAACACCCUGAGCAAGAAACAUCUGGAUGAAGAACGGUCGGCCGUUGGGAGUAACCUGUAUGUUCGUAAGCAAAAACCGGCUCCGGUGGUCGUCGUUCCUCCCGUAGUAGCCUUUGAAUCUAAACAGCAAUCCCCAGCAACCAGUUUGCCGCCUACGGAAAGUGCCGUACCGACACCGGAAUCAUUGACCGUUCCGCCACCAUCCGGCUCGAUUAUUCUUUCGAUAUCCGACGUGGAAGGAAACGACGAAGAUGACGAAGUGGUCAUGGAAGAAGAUCAGUUAAAAGAGUUGGAGGAUUUGAUGUGCAUAGUGUGUCGAAGAAUGGAUGUCAGCGCACGGAACCGGUUGGUGGAAUGCGCGGAUUGCACCUCGCUGUACCAUCAAGACUGUCACAAGCCGGUGAUUUCCGAAGCCGAUGCAAACGAUCAGGAGAAUGCCUGGCUGUGCACUCUUUGCAGGGGUAAAUCGAUCAGCAAGUCGUCCUCGUCGCCAUCGACCAUCGGCUCGCCGGCCAAGGUUUCAUCCUCAUCGCAUUCCAAGUCAUCCAGCAGCAAGAGCUAUGAAUCUUCUUCAUCUAGCUCAAAGCAUAAAAGUUCCAAGUCGAGUAAGGAAGGUUCGUCUCACGAACGCGGUGAACGCGACAGAGACAGGGAGCGGGAUCGGGACCGGGACCGCGAUCGGGAUCGGGAUCGAGAUCGCGACCGCGAUCGGGAGCGUGACCGAGAUCGAGACCGGGAUCGGGAUCGCGAGCGUGACCGCGAUCGUUCCGAUCGUGAUAAGGAUCGAGAGAAAUCAUCCAAAAGCAGCAGUAGUUCCAGCUCGGCAACAUCUAGUUCUAGUGCGGCUGCUGCUGGAUCAUCAACGUCCGGCGGUGCCGGAACGCCCAAUAUCAAUAUUAUUAGCGCCGACAAGCGGUUACAAAUGAUGAAGAAAAAGGCAGCUAAAUUGCACGACAGCAAACGCAAGCACAAGUGACUGGACUAGCAGGUGCAAAAGCAGCGGAUAAAUAAAGCAAGUAUGUUCUUCAUGAUUUUGAUGGUAACAUUAAAUAAACAUUAAAUUUUAAAGUGCUGUCCCAAUUGAUGCUAUGUAAACUAAGUUUCGCUGGUUGGAUCCGAAACAAUAAAUUUAC